AUGAACGGGAUUCUGGCCAUCGCUGCCAUUCAUCGCGCGUACCUCUAUCCAGCCCAGAAAGACAAAUAUACCAAGGCUUCGGCAUACCACCUUGCCGCUGGUCUGAAAGAAUUCAGAGAGCUCAUAUCAUCACCUAUUGACCGAGAUAACUGGCAACCGGUGUACUGCUUUUCCUCAAUGAUCUGUAUGCAUCUUUCAUCGGCCACAAUUCGACUCAAUGCAGAUCGUUUGCCUUCUCCAUUAAACGACAUGAUAGAAAUGUUUUCCAGUGUCAAGGGAUUCCAAGCAGUGAUGAAGCCAUUUCUGCGCUUUCUCCAGAAAUCAAAACUUGGUCCCAUCGUGAAUUCGGUCUGGCUCGAGGAUGAUCCCAUCAUUUCGAGCCCCGCUCUACUUGCUCAAUCUUUACUUCCCCCGGAUGUUUGGACCCAAGUCGCUCGACUUCAUAAGUUCAUCGACGAAUAUCCGUUCCCGCAAACCCCAUCUGAGUCCCCUCAUCAAGACCCCAAUAGCGACGAAUCUGCACAAGAAAAUGUAGAUAUCCGAAAAGACUACAAAGUGGCCAUGAAGUUCUUUGAAGUCUCAGUCCGCCAACUUGAACUAGCAGGCCCGCACGUAGAGACCGGCAUGGUCUUUCUCUGGGCCUAUCCGCUGUCAAAGCGGUUUCACGAUCACUUGAUCUCACACCACCCCGCUGCUCUGGUUUUGCUGGCUCAUUAUUGUGUACUGCUUCAUAUCGUGAAUGAUUUCUGGUAUAUGACCGGCAUGGGCCGUGAGCUGUUGAAGGAUAUCGAGGCUAAGAUGCAUCCCGGAUUUCAGGAGUGGCUGGUUUGGCCGAGGCGGUGGGUUUUGAAUCGGUCAAUCUAG